GGCUUCUGAGGUCCCGCGCGGCUUGUCUGUUUGACCCCUCGCCCGGCAGGAUGGACGGAGAAGCAGCCAGCAGCGCAGUGCUGCCCACCAGCUACCUGGACGACUUCCUGCUGGAGUUUGACCAGGUGCUUCAGGACUUUGACAAGGGGGAGGCGUCUCAGUAUGAGCAGCAUCUGGAGGAGCUGAAGAGGAGAACCCUGCCCAGCCUGUACGACAGCGGCAUCGAUGACUCAGAGAGCAACAGCACAUCUCCUGGUAGCAGUUUGAACACCAGUGAGGAAGAUCUCAACACUCACACUGCCACGUCCUGUUCCACUGCCAAACUCGGAGACACCCGAGAGCUGGAAGACUUCAUCGCCGACCUAGACAGAGCACUGGAAGAGAUGUGAAUGGCCAUGUCCCCUCUUCCUGGCUGAUGUAUUUACCUGUUGCACCUUUAUCCAGUGUGGGCAGAACAAAGGGAACUCUUCCGGUACCAAACUUCCAGCCCUGAGGAACCACUGAAGUUCCCCUUGUCAGGCUUUUGGUGGCUCUUCCCACAACCAGCGCUAUCUGCAACUUCUCUUCUACAGAAAAGGAACUGGAAGUCAAUUUUGUGACCAGGCUGGCGUGGCGUUUUGACUGCUUGAUCAUAAGCAAAAACCCCAGUCUUCAAACCCAGCAGACAAAGCAGGAAGACGAAGGAACUCUUACCACUCGAUCAGCGUUUCUUUUUUUGUUGUUGUUGCUAUUUUUAAGUGUGCAUAAUUUUAAAACAUGAACUGGCACAUGACAAUGAACAGCCGUCCUUUUCCAGGGUACUUGGGGGAGGGGUUGUGAAGCCCAAGAAGGCGGGAAGGGAAAGACACAAGUGCCAGCUUUCUUCAGAAAGGGGCUCCGUGGCACCCUGAAACCAGACUGUUCUUAAAUUGUCUCACCAAGCAUGGAAAUUGGUAGCCCUGUUGUUCCUCAAGUUCAUAUGCUCAAACCUCCACCCCAACUCAACCCCUAGGAGUUGCUUCCAAAACCAAUUAAAGUCGGGUGGGUUCCAAAGCACACACGAAGCUCUUCUCUGCGGGGGCUUCUUCAUUCUUCUCAACAGAGGGUGCAGGUUUUGUGCACCUGGAGGAAUCAUGCAUGUAUGUAUUGGGUCCCUCUGUUGAAAAGAGUGGAGAAAGAUGACAGAAGCAGCAUCCACCUCUUGAUGCUCCCAUGUUUGUUUAUUGCUGGGUGGGGUCAGAGGCUUUUUUCUCUGUAGCUGUGUUCUACUGUAAAUAUUGUAAAUUAGCAACAUUAUUUCUCUCCAGUCUUACAUUUGCAUCUGAAGUUAUUUAAAUAAAUGGAGC